CAUAUGGACGGAAUGACAAUAAAAGCUUCUAGAAUCUUGAAGAUUCAUUCUGACAUUUUAUUUGUGUGACAGAAAAAGAAAGAAAGAAAGAAAGAAAGAAAGAAAGAAAGAAAGAAAGAAAGAAAAUAGUAACAAAACAACUACACUGGUGCAGUAACAAAAAUGACUGCACACUGGGACUUUUGUUUUUGUAAUAACCUUGUGGAGUUCAAGCAGGCGGGGCCAAACUUACCAAUCAGUUUUUUGAGAACCACUCAAAUGAAUUCCUGCAAUGCACAAUAUCUUUUCUGCAGAUGUUAUCCUGUGUUGUAACUAAAUAUAACCUUUGUGGAAAGUAAACACUUCAGAAAUAACAAAAAUGGAUAGUAUUAACACAGUAACUCAGAUAAAUGAGGAUUCAAAACAGGAGAAAUGUGAUGAGGAUCAGUCAACCUCAAAUUCAGAGGUUGUUUGUGGAGGCUGUCAGAAGAAACUCUGGAGUUUGUUACCAGUGAAUUAUAAAGAAGAAAUUGUAGAACAAGUGAAACUGGCUGGACCAGUGUUUAUAUCUCAGCUGAUGAUUUUUCUGAUCAACUUCAUCAGCACUGUGUUCUGUGAACACUUGGGAAAAACUGAACUGGCUGGUGUGGCUCUGGCUUUUGCUGUUAUUAAUGUGACCGGCAUCUCCGUCGGUUCUGGUCUGGCAUCUGGAUGCGAUACACUCAUCUCUCAGACGUUUGGCAGUAAUAAUCUGAAGCGGGUGGGUGUGAUACUGCAGAGAGGGAUUCUCAUCCUCCUGUUGGCCUGUUUCCCCUGCUGGGCGCUGCUCAUCAACACCGAGCCCAUCCUGCUAGCUGUCCGACAGAGUCCCAGUGUGGCCAGUCUGUCACAACUCUAUGUGAAAAUAUUCAUGCCUGCUCUGCCUGCUGCAUUUGUCUAUCAGCUGCAGGGAAGGUAUCUUCAAAAUCAGGGUAUUAUUUGGCCUCAGGUUAUCACAGGAGCAGCAGGAAAUGUUCUCAAUGCUUCAAUAAAUUACAUCUUUCUUCAUGUGCUUGAUCUUGGUGUAGCAGGAUCUGCUGCUGCAAAUACCAUUUCCCAGUAUUCCUUGGCUGUUUCUUUUUUUUAUAUUCGAUGGAAGGGUCUGCAUAAAAACACAUGGGGUGGCUGGUCUUGUGAUUGUCUGCAAGAAUGGGGUCCCUUCAAUAGCUUGGCUCUUCCCAGCAUGCUCAUGAUUUGUGUGAGGUGGUGGGCAUAUGAGAUUGGUGGAUUCCUGGCAGGAAUAAUCAGUGAGGAUGAGCUGGGAGCCCAGUCUGUUGUGUAUCAGCUGGCUACUAUUGCGUUUAUGUUUCCGAUGGGAUUUGUAGUAGCAGCCACCGUGAGGGUGGGAAAUGCACUUGGAGCUGCAAACCCAGAACAAGCCAAACUGUCUGCCAAAGUAUCUUUAAUCUGUGGACUACUUGCUUCUUGUAUAGUCGCAACCUUUAUUGGAAGUACCAGUGAUAUUAUCGGAUACGUCUUUACCACAGAAGAGGAUAUAGUGCUCAGGGUAUCAAAGGUCAUGGUCAUGUACAGCUUCUUUCAUAUAUUUGAUGCCAUUACGGGCAUUACAGGUGGUAUUGUCAGGGGUGCUGGAAAGCAGCUGCUUGGUGCUCUUUGUAACAUUGUCGGAUAUUAUUUUGUGGGGUUUCCGGUUGGAGUGUCUCUGAUGUUUACUCUCAGCUUGGGCAUAAUUGGUUUGUGGACUGGAUUUUUUGUGUGUGCCUUCACACAAUCUUUGUUCUAUGUCACCUUUAUUUGUAAACUGGACUGGAAAAAAGUCACUCAAGAGGCCUUGACCAGAGCAGGUGUACAAGCCACUCAAACUAAAGAUGAAUCUUAUGCUAUGGAAAAUAAGGGCUGCACAGAAGAAGUAAUACAGGAGUCCCAGCACAAUGAAGAAGGCCAAACAAAUGAAAACAUGGACCUCGAAGGGUUUGGUGAAAGAGAAGGAGGAAUAACAGUUGCGGGCAAAAAGGUCACAGUUGGUGCUGUCUUGACGAUGAAACAGCUGGUUGUUCGUCGAGGCCUUGCGUUCUUCUUCAUGCUACUUAUAUUAGCUGGAGGGAUUGUGCUAAAUGAGGUGCUUAUUAGACUUCUCACUUGAGUAUAAUUAGCGUUACUUCAUUAUUUUAUUAUAGCAUGUUGCUAUAUAGUCCUUAAAUUACGACAAUAAGAAAAUUGCUUCUAAACUUAGCAAUUAUAGUGCUUUAUGCUACGCUUACUAAAACAAGUUACAAGGCAAAUGUCCACCAACUAGUUUUAUUUACUCACCAAAGUCAAAUUUUGCACACAUUCUGUACUUACCAAGAGUGAAUUUUGUUUCUUGAUUAUAUGUUUGUGACUUUCUUUAAGAUAUUUGUAAGAGCAGUGGUUCCCAACCAAGUUCCUGGACCAACACUGGACAUUUUGCAUCUCUUGUCUGACACACCCUUUUCAGCUCUUGGAAACUACUGAUGAGCUGAUAUGCUGAAUUAGGUGUGUUUGAUUAAGGAGACAUGGAAAACAUGCAGUGUUGUAGAGCAGGAGCCUUGUUAGGAAUCACUGUGUUAGAGAAUAAUUCAUGAUGGUUAAUUAAUGUUCCUUAGGGUUGUUUGCAAAUGUCGACUAUUGCCUCAGUGAGUGCACAUUAAAGAUAAUUUAGGUAAAAAUUA